GCCCCCUGGACAGAAAAAUGGCCCUGCUAGGAAGAGGCAGGCGCGGAGCUUGUCUGCGCAGAGUCGCCUGUCCCCUGCUCCUCAUCGGCCUCCUGGUACUUUGUGAAGCUUGCAAGGAAGUAACUUUCAAUGUGCCUUCCAAAUUAGAGGCAGGGACAUUAAUUGGCAGAGCAAAUCUAAAGCAAUGCCUUAGGACUGCAGACCUGAUCAGUUCAAGUGAUCCGGACUUAAUUGUUCUUGAAGAUGGUUCUGUAUAUACAACGAAUGCAAUUUCUUUGCCUUCUGCAGAAAAAACAUUUACCAUAUUGCUUAAGGAUUUGCAAGAACAUAAAGAAAAGAAAAUACAUGUGGUUUUACUUUCGCAUCCCAAAAAGACACGCAAAAUAGGAGAGACUGUUCUGAGACGAAGUAAGCGAAGAUGGGCUCCUGUUCCAACCAUUAUCAUGGAAAACUCUCUGGGACCUUUUCCAAUGCAAAUUCAACAGUUGGUUUCUGAUACAGCCGAAAAGUACAACAUCACCUAUUCCAUCGGUGGUCCUGGUGUUGACCAACCACCGCUUAAUUAUUUUUACAUUGAGAGAGAAACUGGAAAUCUCUUUGUUACUUGCCCAAUAGAUCGGGAAGAGUAUCCAGAAUUUAAGAUAAUAUGCUAUGCAAGGACAUUAGAUGGCUAUACUCCAGAGAUACCACUUAUACAUGUAAUCCGAAUAGAGGAUGAUAAUGACAACCCCCCAAUUUUUGAUCCAUUUACAUAUACUUUUUGCAUUACUGAAAACAGCAGAACUGGAACCAUAAUUGGACAAGUGACUGCAACGGACAGAGAUGAACCUGGUACACUACACACUAAACUGAAAUACCGAAUUGUGACCUAUGAGCCCAUGCCUUUUAAAGGUGGCAACUUGUUUAAUAUAGAUCAAGAUACCGGUUCUAUUACUGUGGUACUCAACCUAGACAGAGAGACUACAAGUGAAUAUACAGUCUACGUAGAAGCAAGAGAUAUGGCAGGUCAGCACUUUGGUCUGUGCAAUACUGCAACGGUUGUAAUUCAGGUUGAAGAUUCAAAUGACCAUGCACCCAUGUGUGAACAUGGCACGUAUGAAGCAUAUGUGUCUGAAAACACGGUUGGUGCAGAAGUCGCCAACAUUGGUGUUGUAGACCGAGAUGCACCUGGGACUCCAAACUGGCAUGCUACGUUCAGCAUCAUAAAGGGAAAUGAGGACGGUGCUUUCAAAAUUGUGAAACAACCAGAUUCAAAUGUUGGCACUUUAUGUAUUGAAAAGGGGCUAGAUUAUGAAAACACCAAGGAGAGAAGACUGGAAAUUGCUGUAAAUAAUGAAGCACCUUAUGCUCCAGCCCCAAAUUCAAGAGCCAUUUCUACAAGUACUUGCUACGUGAUUGUCAAAGUACGGGAUGUGGAUGAAGGGCCAGUAUUUGACCCUUGUGUGUAUAUUUUAAAUAUUAAAGAAUGUUUGCCAGCUGGAACAAUGGUCGGCCAGUACCUAGCAAAUGACCCAGAAACCGGAAAUAGUGAAGGCAUACGUUAUGAAGUAUUAAAUGAUCCAUGCAACUGGAUCACCUUUGACAACAUGGGUGAGAUCAGAACUACUAGAGUCAUAGACAGAGAUGCACCAGAUUUGCAGCUCGACCAGUGUAAUGUAACAGUCGUGGCAACAGACCAAAGUGGUAAAACAGGCACUGGAGUGGUAGUGGUGAAUCUAAUAGAUGAAAACGAUAAUUUCCCAGUGAUCGUUCAAAAAGAGUACACCAUGUGUAGAGACAGAGAACCAGUUUGCCUUACUGCCGUGGAUGCUGAUCUAUAUCCGCAUACAGUUCCUUUCCGUUUUGAAAUUCCUGAGCGGAUGCUCUCAGGAUGGAGAAUAACGCAACAUGAUGAGAACUCUGUAUACCUGGAACCAAUAGGCCGUAUACCCUUUGGAGUCUACAACAUUCCCGUCAGGGUAACUGACAAUGCAGGCCAUGGUGGAAUCACUGAGAUAAAAGUGCGAGUGUGUGAUUGUGUAACACCCAGUGAUUGUACAAUGCCUCUCCAGCCUCCCCGGGCAGUGCCCUAUCCAGCACCGGGAGCCAACGUUACUCUAGGCAUUUGGGGCAUCCUUGCACUAAUUUUGGGAUCGUUAUUGCUGUUGUUAAUCCUGAUAACACUUUGUGGCUGCUGUGGCACCAGAUCUGUGAGUGGUAAACAAGUGUGUGAUGAUUUAGCUAAUCAGAGCUUAAUCAAAUCAAACACUGAAGGCCCGGGAGCAUAUGGAAUGGAAACAAUGAUACUUCCUGUGAAAACACAAAAUGUGGUUACUUGUGAUCAAAUGGCUGACAUGAAUGCCGGUGGAAUAAAAACUGGGGGACAGGAGUGCUUUGAAAUGACAAGUGGAGAUAGACAGCAGAAUAUGGAAUCAGUCCAGCAAGAAGGACACUACGUAUCAAAACUUGGCCAAGAUGUGGGACAAUAUACAUUGGGAUCUAGAAAGGCAUAUAGACAAUCCAUGAUGGAUUUAUACAGAUGUUCCUAUUCAGAAUGGCAGAAUUUCACGCUCCCUCGCCUAACUGAGAAGGUGUAUCUGUGCGGACUGGAUGAAGAGAAUAAAUAUCCCGAAGACUAUGUCAUUUCAUAUAACUAUGAAGGAAGAGGAUCAUUGGCUGGCUCUGUAGGCUGCUGCUCUGAUCAAGCAGAUGUCGAGGAGGCUGACUUCUUAGAUCAGCUGGAUCCCAAGUUUAGGACAUUAGCAACAAUCUGCACAAAAGAGAUAAGUGUGCUGAGGCCAUGUGGAAAACCAUUACCUUCUUCUGCAGGGCCACUGUUUUAAAACUUUAAUACAGCAGGUUUUCCUAUUUUGUUUUUCCAUUCUAGUGGGAGUGGUUAACCAAGCUAUUUUUUAACAUAAGGCAUGUCGGUAUUGUAUCACAAUUUCUAUACCUAAACUUCAGAAGUUCACCUACUGUCUUAGAUUUACAUUGAAGAUUCUAUAUUUGAAACCAAAUGUAAAACAGCUUUCUAAACAGCAGUAGAUUUUCUGUUUUAACUGCAUCUACAUUUACCGGAAGGACAAGUGUAUUCUUUAUCAUUUUAAUAAUUCAGUUUCAAAUGCUACUGGUUAUUUGGGCCUGGGUGCUGUUAAGUUCUUUUGCUUUGAUUCACCUGAGUCUUUUCUUUAGUUUUAUUAAAAAAAAACAAAAAACCACCCAACAAAUACUAUUGUUGUAUGUUAAAUAGUUUUUAUUUUGCAUCCUUAUGAAAACCAGGCAUUAACAUUUUAAGAUUUUUUUUUGUAAUUUACAUAAAAUAGGCUAGACAAUUUGAUCUGGGCUAGGGCUCAUAAAUUUAGAAAAGGUGGGGAAAGUGUUGAUGUCUGUAUAGAGCCUAUCUAAACUAUUGGUUUUACCGUGUACUGAAUUUCUGUCCACCAGCUCAGAUAACAUAAGAGAUGAAUGUAAAGACAUAAGCAUGGAAAUGAAUGUGACAUUCCAGUGGCAAAAGCUAGAAAUUGACUUCAAGAGCUAAAAUGAAUUGCAAGGAUAACAGGAGUAUUUGGCACACUAAAGAAUGCUGCUGAAUGUGGCAAAACAUUAUGUUAAUGACUCGAUAAUUAUAGAUAUGACUUUGGGAAAAUUGCUAGCAACAGUAUGCCUUUUCCCAUCUCUGGGAUCCAAGCUAGGAGAUAAGAAGAGAUUAUCUCUGCAGACGUUCCCUAUCAUGUGGUGACUCAUGCUCUGUAAUUUGCAUGCAUGAAUUUGCCUUAUGUGUACAGGUCUGUGGGAAUGAACGUUGACUUCUGUUUUGCUAUAAUAUACCUCCAUGCAUGUAAUUUGUUAGGAAAUAUAAGAGAAGUGCAUGGUGCUGAACAUUUGGGAUUGUAAAAAUGGCAAAAGACACACAGGAGCUGCCUUUUGCAUAUUGUUUAUUGUACAGCCAACUCUUCUCUUUGGUUAGGUGGUCUUAAAGAGGGAAUCUAUUCAACAGACCUAAACAAGAUGUAUUUUCUUUUUAGAGAAGUGUUAUGACUUAUACACUUCUGUAGUGUGGAAGUAAAUUGAGUCAUUAUGAUAUGAUUUUAUUAUAGCCAAGUUAUCUGCC